AUAUAUGUAGGAUUCUCAAAAAAUAUAUAUAAGUCUUUUGAGGAAGUAUAAUAACAUUUGUAAUGUUCCUGUGCCAUUGCACAUAAUGAUAGUUUGUUAUGAAAUAAUCUUUAAUACUUGGUUGCAGAAGAGAUUUACUACAUGCUGUGUCCUCAUGAGAAAACCACCUUUUAAGCCACAACUCACAAGGGUUUUAACUCCGAAGGCGGACAGUAGUAAAGAAUUUGAAAUAUCCAUCAGAAUGGGCAGAUGCAUACAGUCACGGUGAAAUUAAUUGUUUCGAUUUUUAGGUGAGAAAAAUAGGUGAACUUGGAUCUUUUUAGCAAAAUGCAUUUGAAGAUGUUGCACUGCAGAUUUCUAGAGAUACAGUGGUUGGAGAGUGGAGAGUUGAUGAUAGUGAUGAGACAUAACGGUGCGCUAAAAUGGAGGGAAGCGUCUGGAAGAGUCUCAGGAGACGGGUGAAAGGGAGAGAGGACAAGGUGAAGGGUCGUGGCCGCAGCUACAGGGAAACGGGCCAGCUGUCUCUUUAAAAAACGACAACAGCCCCCCAAACCGCUCUCAGCCUCAGCUUGGGCUAUGCUAAUGAGGUUAGUGCUGGUUGGCUGGCUCUCAAUAGAGUCGCCCGGUGAUUGGAGGCAGGCUGUGGGGGAGGGGCUGGGCGUGGAUGACAGCUGGGAUCCAGUCAGCCAAGAGCAGGCUAACAGAGAGAGAGAGGGAGGAAAAAAAAAAAACGAGCAAUAGAGGGAGAGCAAGGCGAGGGUAGAGAGAGAGGAAGACAGGCUGACAGACUUCAUAAUGCAAGGUAUCCGACCCCCAAUCCUGAAUGGGCCAAUGCACCCUCGGCCUCUGGUGGCCCUGCUGGACGGGCGUGACUGCACUGUGGAGAUGCCCAUCCUGAAAGAUGUGGCCACAGUGGCUUUCUGUGAUGCCCAGUCUACACAAGAGAUUCAUGAAAAGGUGCUAAACGAGGCAGUGGCCGCUCUGCUGUACCACACUAUCACUCUAUCCAGAGAUGACUUGGAAAAGUUUAAAGGCCUACGAGUAAUUGUCAGGAUCGGCUCCGGCUUCGACAACGUUGAUGUCAAAGCAGCCGCUGAGCUGGGCAUCGCUGUCUGUAACGUGCCAGCAGCCUCAGUGGAAGAGACAGCGGACACUUCGCUAUGUCUGAUUCUCAACCUGUACAGGCGAGUAACCUGGAUGCACCAAGCUCUAAGGGAGGGGACCCGUGCUUCUAGCGUGGAGCAGAUCAGAGAGGUGGCUGGUGGCGCCGCUCGUAUCCGGGGGGAAACGCUGGGCAUUAUUGGUCUAGGACGUGUUGGUCAAGCAGUAGCUCUGCGGGCAAAGGCCUUUGGUUUUGGCGUGAUCUUUUAUGACCCUUACCUGCCCGAUGGCGUGGAGCGCUCACUCGGCCUGCAGAGAAUGGCCACUCUGCAGGACUUGCUAAUCCACUCUGACUGUGUGUCCCUGCACUGCAGCCUCAAUGAGCACAACCACCAUCUCAUUAAUGACUUCACCAUCAAACAGAUGCGCCAAGGAGCCUUCCUGGUGAACACAUCUAGAGGCGGUCUGGUGGAUGAGAAAGCACUGGCUCAGGCCCUAAAGGAAGGCCGGAUACGAGGUGCCGCCCUGGACGUCCAUGAGACAGAACCCUUCAGUUUUUCAACAGGCCCUCUGAAGGAUGCCCCCAACCUGAUCUGUACCCCGCACACAUCUUGGUACAGUGAGCAGGCAUCUGUCGAGGCUCGUGAAGAGGCAGCCAGAGAGGUGCGCCGGGCCAUCACUGGGCGUAUCCCCGACAGUCUGAAGAACUGUGUUAAUAAGGAGUAUCUGAUGGCAGCCUCUCAGUGGCCCGGCAUGGAGGCCGCUACUGUUCACCCAGAACUAAAUGGAGCCGCCUACAGAUUUCCUCCGGGGCUGAUCAACGUUGCAGCAGCAGGUGGUCUCCCAGGAGCUGCCGCAGGCGUUGAAAGUUUGGUUCCAGGAACCCUGGCACAUGGCAUCGCCCCCGUCUCUCACCCCCCUCACGCCCCAUCCCCAGGGCAACCUACUAAGGCCGAAGCCGACAGAGACAUCCCUUCCGACCAAUAGCCCCCCCCACCGCCGUCAGCACAUUCCGUCAUCUCUGGAAACCAACCCCCGCCUCCCAGGAUCAGACACAACCCUACCCUCCAGUACAUCGGCAGCACUAGUUUGACCUGACGUGGCUCUACAGUCUUUUCUCAGAUCACAUAACCAGCCCAGGAGUGACCUGUCCACACCACAACAAUCCACCCCCCCAACCACCACCACCCAGAAUACACCCUUGCCUCCAUCCUCCACCUGCUCACCCACCAUCCCCUCAUCUCCUUCACUCCCCCACUACGUCAGCAAUAACUGUGUUCUCAAGGAUUCAGUGAUUGGAUUGGUUUAUUUCCUUAGUUGGUUGUUGUUUUAAUGAAAAGUUGAUCUGCUCUGGUUCUAGAUGUUAAUGUUUGUUUGUUUAAAAAAGAAGAAAACAAGAAAAAAGCAUUUCUGACACGAGGCUUUACAGUCUGCCUCCUGCAGUCCUCCUCUGACCACUAGAGGCACAGACACAGAAUGGUUGAAGCCCCACUUUUGUACAUUAAUGGCUCAUGUUACUGCUCUCUUCCUCUUUUCUUUUUCUUACCCUUUCCAUCUUUCUCAUGAUGGGGGGUGAAGUUUGUACUGAAGUAAAAGAAGAAAACAGGACAGAAUCACAAACAGUACAUCCUCUUCUCCCUGCCAAGUAUCUAGCUAACCCUUUAGCCCACUUUGGCCCUUGUCUCUCCUCUGCGCUGUCAUCAGCUCGCUCAGCAGAGGGAUCCAUAAUGCUGUCAGUGUGGAGCUCUCUGACUGUCACAGUGUGUUUUUUUAUCUGCUAAACUCGUCUGUGAGUAUUAAACCCAUUAUUCUUUGUCAACUUUCACUGCUGCGAUUGUCUAGUUUUAGGACAGUCAUCCCUGUAUUUACACACGCUUUUCCCCUUUUGGAUUGUGAUGUCAUGAGAUAAAAGCUCUGAGCGUCAUAUCAGAGAUGUACCUGCAUGUCCUGGUAUGAAUUUCUAUCUCUUGCCAGCAGUCUUGAGUGAUGUGCGUUUGUGUGCGUUUGAGUGUGCGAGUGAGCGUGUGAGGUCCUGUGCACCUGGUGCCCACAGGGACUCGAUUGCAGCAGCUUUUCUGUUUUUCAUUUCCUUCCCAGCUGGAAACCCAGCAGCAUUUCAGCAGAGGGCGCUGUCUGGCUGCUCAGAGCAGAGGAAGCUGCCUGCAGCUUCUCUCAGUCACAGUUACAGGUAACCUUUAGUGACGAAGAACACGAUGACACACUGCCGACGUUCAAACCACAGGAGGGGUGACCAGGGAUAGAUUACCGCCUUAUUGUUAAGCUCGCGCCACAACCACCAACACACCCACUCUGUCACCCACCCUCCACUAUUCUCCCACUGUGAUGCUCCAACCCUAUACAUCUGCUCAUGAAUCCAUCAAUUCCUUCAAAGUGCGAGGGGACGAUAGAGAUUAGAUUCUCUGUAGGAGCAAAUGGGACGGUGUUCUUGCAUGCUGGCUCAUUAAUGACCGUGGCAUGCAUGUGUGUGCAUGUGUGUGUGCGCGCGCGCGUGAUAGUGUGGGUUUGCGUGCGAGUGUGUGUUUGUAUGUUCCCUCACCCUUAUAACAAGCUGUUGUCGUUCCAAAGGAAUAGCCCCUAGGAGUAACUCUUAAACGCUGUUGCCCUGGUGUCAUGGGAACACCACUUCUAGUACCUCAGUAACAGAUAUUGAAUGUACCGUGCAUACCCUUUUAUUUUUUUGUACAGAUUUUCUAGAUGCAUCUUUACUAUUCUUUACUAGAAGGGUUGUAAAAUGGUAGCAGUAAUGAUACAAUUUAAAAACAAAAAAAAAAAGCCCCAUAAAAUAAUUUGACAAUAUCUUUGUAGGUUCGAUAAGAUCAAUGAAUACUCAGGCAUUAAAUCCAAUGCGUAUCUGUUUGCCUUUACCUUUUUAUUUCCUCAUAGUGUAAGAAUUCGGCACAGAUUCCGACUGUAGUCGAUGUGUUUCAGUCCCAAUCUUACUGGCUGAUGGAAAAAUGAGAGG